AUGCUGUUUUCAUCAUGUGGAUUCGCUAGAGAAAUGACCACCUUUGAUCAACCAAGUAAAAUCAAAAACUUGUUUAUUUGCUGCCUGUGCCCCCCACGGGUGCUGAGGCUCUGGACUUGCAGGCGCCCAAGGACAAGGAGGAAUCUGCUAGUGGGCACCGCGUGUGUGAUCUACCUGGGAUUCCUUGUCAGUCAAGUGGGUCAUGUUUUACCACAGCACAAAGGAGGACACCAAAAGAUCAGUUCCAGAAGUCUCCAAGAUGCAGCCCAAACUCCUUUUCUGGGCAUCCCACUGGAUGGCACCCUGUCACCACCCAAUUUCCAGGAACCCCAGCUUGGUAGCAAUGGGACCUUGCUGCCACCCAAUGUAGUUUAUAUCACCCUGCGGUCCAAACGCAGUAAGCCUGCCAAUAUCAGAGGCACGGUGAAGCCAAAGCGCAGGAAGAAACAUGGAACCCCUUUGUCCUAUGGGCACCACUUUCCAAAAGCCACUUUUAUGGGCCGGGAAGAAGCCUUUGCCCAACAGCCAGGGAGGGCCACACAUGCCGUGGACACAAUGGGAGCUGCAGUAGCUCUGGAUGUGAGAAAAGACCAGCUGGAUGAACACAGACGUAAGAGAAUGGCAAUCGGGGAGAGGGGUCACCAGAGACCUGGGAGGAUUUCUGGAGCUAUAAAGGCACAGCCCCAGCCUGAGGAAAGCAAUAUCAGGAUUUACAGCGAGAGCUCUCCCUCUUGGCUGAGCAAAGAUGACCUCCUAAACAUGCGCAUGCUGGCAGAUUCUCGGAUAGAGAGCAUCCAAGAAGCACCUUCUCGCAAAGCAGUCCUGGUAGUAUUUGCGAGAGGUUCCAGCACCGCAGGAACUGCUUGUAAUCAGGGACGCUGUGGCAUCGUCAAAAGACCCCUCGACAUGAGCGAGGUGUUCGCCUUUCAUUUGGAUAGGAUCUUGGGGCUAAACAGGAGCUUACCUUCUGUAAGCAGGAGAUCGGAGUUCUUCCAAGAUGACCAAGCACGCCCUGUUAUUCUCUGGGAUUCCUCACUGAGUCCCACAGAUAAUAGUACCCAUUCCUCAGUGAGAUUAACCUGGGGGCAAUAUCAGCAGCUAUUGAAGCAGAAGUGCUGGCAGAAUGGUAAAGUUCCCAAAGCUGAGUGGGGCUGUACCGAAAUCCAUCAUCAUGAGUGGUCCAAGAUGGCACUCUUUGAUUUUCUUCUGCAGAUCUAUAAUCGACUAGACAGAAACUGCUGUGGAUUCAAACCUCUCAAGGAGGAUUCCUGCAUGCAGCAAGGACUGAAGCUGAAAUGUAGUGAUCAGGAUGCUGUUGACCUGACACACAUAGUUCAGAGAAGGCAUGACCGAAGGCAUUUGGCCUUUAUAGACAAUAAGGGUUUCUUUGACAGAAAUGAGGACAAUCUUGACUUCAAAAUACUACAAGGAAUCAAUGAAUUCCCUGAAUCUGCAGUUUCAGUGCUGAGGAGCCAACGUUUACGUGAGAAGUUGCUCCAGUCUCUGUUCCUUGACAAAAUAUACUGGGAGAGCCAAGGAGGCAGAAAAGGAAUUGAAAAGCUUAUUGAUGUAAUAGAAAGGAGGUCCAAAAUUCUUCUUACUUAUAUAAAUGCACAUGGAGCCAAAGUAUUGCCCAUGAAUGAAUGAAGCAGUCUUGUUUCUAUUUGAGAGAUUGUCUUUAAAAAAAUUUGUAUGAGGCAAAAACUAACAGUAAAAUUGAUUUAAUUCAUAGGCUUAUUUAAUUUUUAUUUUUUCCAAACUUUCAAGUUUAUUUUGGAAUAAGAAGUCUUACAUGG